ACCGCCGGCUCCUCCCGCCGCAUUAAAACCGGCCAAGUUCCGCGCCGGGGGCAGCGGCGGCUCCGGGCGGCGCUGCCCGGCGCCGGGGAUGCACCCGAACGCCACGGCCCCGGCCGUGCCCGCCGGGCCGCUGCAGCCGCAGCCCAGCGGCUAUGCCAACGCCACCAACCGCUCCGACCUGCUCCCCAAAGUGCCCGACGAGGAGGACCUGGACGUCAACACCGACAUCUACUCCAAAGUGAUGGUGACCGUCAUCUACUCGGCUCUGUUCUUGGUGGGCACCGUGGGCAACUCCAUCACGGCGUACACGCUGGUGCGGAAGAAGUCGCUGCAGAACCUGCAGAGCACCGUGCACUACCACCUGGCCAGCCUCGCCUUCUCCGACCUCCUCAUCUUCCUGCUCUGCAUGCCCAUCGAGCUCUACAACUUCAUCUGGGUCCAUCACCCCUGGGCUUUCGGGGGGGCCGUUUGCAAGGGCUACUACUUCCUCCGGGACGCCUGCACCUAUGCCACGGCACUCAACAUCGCCAGCCUCAGCGUGGAGCGCUACAUGGCCAUCUGCCACCCCUUCAAAGCCAAGAGCAUCAUGUCCCGCAGCCGCACCAAGAAGUUCAUCAGCUGCAUCUGGAUCGCCUCCUUCCUGCUCGCCAUCCCCAUGAUCUUCACCAUGGGCCAGAUCUACGGCAAGGACCAGGAUCCCGACUCCCUCAUCUGCACCGCCAUCGUGGACACCUCCACGCUCAAGACGGUCAUCCAGGUCAACACCUUCAUCUCCUUCGUGUUCCCCAUGGUCGUCAUUUCCGUGCUCAACACCAUCAUCGCCAACCAGCUGCUGGUGAUGUUCAAGCAGGCGGCCCAGGAGAACCAGGUGUGCACCAUUGGUGGGCAGCAGACCAUGCUCAGCAUGUCCAUGGAGCCCAGCAGAGUGCAAGCCCUGAAACACGGCGUCAGGGUCCUGCGUGCUGUGGUGAUUGCCUUCGUGGUCUGCUGGCUCCCUUACCACAUCCGGCGCCUCAUGUUCUGCUAUGUCCCCUCCAGCCACUGGACAGAUUUCCUCUACAACUUCUACCACUACUUCUACAUGCUGACAAACGUCCUCUUCUACGUCAGCUCAGCAAUCAACCCCAUCCUCUACAACCUGGUGUCAGCAAACUUCCGCCAGAUCUUCCUCUCCACACUCACCAUCCUGUGCCUGCCAUGGAGGAAGAAGAAGAAACGACUGGCCUUCACCAGGAAAUCCAACAGCAUCUCCAGCAACCACACAUUUUCCAGCCAGGUCACAAGGGAAACUACGUACUGAAGCCAAAGGAGGAGGAGGAGGAGGAACGCAAUUCAUCGUGGAGUCAAAACUUGAGAGAGGCCUCUGUGACUUUCAUGCAUGGUCUCCAAAUUCACGUAACACAAGUGUGUUUAGCAAAGUCAUUUUUGUUGGAAAAAAUAGGCUUUGUUCUGCCAGUAACUUUGAGGUUAUUUUCAAGCAUUGGCCUUGCCUCUUGUGAGUAAUGUCUACAUGUAUUGUAACUUCAGUCUGGCAUAAAUCCAGGUGUGGUGUUAACUGGGAAGCCAAAAUGUGUUCAACUUAGGCAAAACUGUUCUGCAUUUCAUCCUUUUCUCAGUGCAGAGAUGCCGUGUCCACGUCCAAGGGUUUGAGAUCAUGUCUCCUGGUAGCACCAAGAAGAGAGUUUGAUGAGGAGAAAGAAGCUUUGAACAGAAAGGGAUGUUCUUGGAGAAUGGAUAUGCUACCUGUGGGAUGUUCAAUGAACGAGGAGCGAAAACUCAGGGAGCCAGGUGGUUAUUUUAGAAAUAUAUCUCCAUUGUGAGGAACACGACCGAGGUGCUCAAGAGAGCCACUCUGGCUCCUUGAAAUUAAAUAAGAACAGAUGAUGCCUUACCUAGGCUGGGGUGGCUGUGGCCUGGGGAGUGGGGUCACCUUUGGCUUUAGGGCAUCCACAGUGCCUGGCUUUGGUACCACUGCACCGAUAGCAGCAGUCUCUGGCAAAGUCAAGAAUGCAGAGGCUGUGCCCAGAUGGAGCGCUGAAAAUGAACAGAAAUGGAAAAUAUUCCUUUUGCCAUACAGCCAAAUCCUAUUUUUUUACCAGGGAGAACAGUUUGCUGGCCUGCAUUAAGAGAUGAGAAAACUCUGAGCUCAUGAGGGCUCCAGGCUGCUGACAUAAGAGCAAUCUGCCCCAAUUCUGUGGGACCUUCAGAUUUUUCCCAUUCUUAUUCCAGUUGUACUUGUUUUUUUGCUAUUUCCACAAGGCUGACAUCUCAUAUAUAGCAGUUGUAGGCAGCAGGUCCUCUUGUUCUACCUUUUCUUGUAUUACUUUUUGCUACCAGAACUGUUGGCACACCUAUCUGCACCCCCAUAAUUCACAUAGUUCAAAUGCAGAGCAUAAGAAAGUCUAAACUGGGGAGUCUUCACUCUAAACCCACUUUCUUUUAGCAAGCCAGAGGAACAGAAACAAGACCUGAAAAUUCUCUUUGAAAUUUAAGAGAGGAGGUAAGGAGAGGUAGCAUGAGCUUUUCCCCCAUAUCCUUCCACCUCUGAUGGCCCCUUAUGUGAUACAACAAAUUGCUCCAGAGUCUUUAGUACUGAAAUAACAGGGCUCUGGGACAAGCUAAAGGGCUUUUUCCCAGAUGGUGACCUGCACAAACCUGGAGCUGACCAAUCACCCUGUGCUGCCUUUGCUGGUGGUGACCUGGUGUCCUCUCUCCCACCACACGUCACCGGGAGAGCAGGACUUGCCUCUGCAAGGUGACAAAGUAGAAGAGUUGGCUCAGUUUGGCUUUCUGGGCUUUGCCCAUGCCACGUCACCCUUCAGCUAAUGAGCACCUGUGGUCCCCAGCUGGAACCACAGUGCUGGAGGUGUGGGCUGGCCCAAGUGAGGGUCACACCGUGGUGGAGACCAGAACCACUGGUGACAUCUCCUGCUGCAGAAUCACAGAACAGGUCGAGUUGGAAGGGACUCACAAGAAUCAUCGAGUCCAACUCGCUGGACUUGUGGUUUAGGUCCUGUUGGGCUCAGCACAAAGAGGAAACACCCAUCUGGGGGCAUUUGCUGUGAGUUGUUGGUGAUGAGUGACUACUUUUGGGGCAUUUAGAACCUGUACCCAGCUGGCCACCAUGGCAAGCCAUCAGCCACACCUGCUGCUGGAGGGAUGGGAGAUGAUUUUAAUGCCUAGUACAGAAACCCUGCAAAAGAAAGGGCUCAAAAUGAAAGUCAGUGGGUCUUCAGUUCCUUCUGACUCAGCCAAACUACAAGCUCUGUUCUGUCAUGCCUUCUUGUGAUUUCUUGCCCUGGUUGUACCAAGCAGAGGGCAGAGAUUAUAUUUGACCAAGCACUUUUGUUGCUCAUGGACUCUUGACUCCGCUUUGACUAAGAAAACAGGUAGUGGCAGACAAAUUAAAUUGAAACAAAGAGGAAUAAGGGAGACUGAUCUCUUCAGAAGGAAAUCUGUGGAAAAAAAAAGCAAGUAUUUUGUGUGUAUGGUGUGUGUGAAAUGGCUUGGGCAGGUUGGAAGAAGAAGACCUGCUCAUCCUGCCUCGUGGCAAAAUCCAGGUACCAUGAACAGGAGAGGGGAAAAAUCUGCCUUGAGAGAAAGAGGUGUCUUGAUGUCACACAUUUAACAUUGGCCUUCCGGGCAAGACACUUCAAAUGUUUCUGGAUGACCCAAAUUUUUUUUCUUCACCUGUAAAUACAGCCAGCAGCUGGGAGGAGCUUUCUGGAAACCCCCCAGGGAAGCUGUAACUGCAUUGCUUUGACUUUCAUUAACACCCUGCAUGUCUCAUUUACUCAUUUGAAAUAUUAAACAUUGUUACUACACUUGUUCAACACCAACCUGCUGAAAUGUGCUUGAUUAUCUUAGAAAACACUGUACAAAAAUUGUUCUUUCACAUAAGAUGCUUGGUUUAGAUUUUCACUACUGAGAUACACAGGCAGCUUACAGAAUAUUUGAGCACAGCUCAGAGAAACUGGCAGGCUUAUUUUUGGUUUGACAUGACAGUGAGAAAAAGCUGGAGAAAAAGUGAAUUUAUCAUCAACUCUUUCCACAGUGUUUGUUGGGCCACUCGAGUGCUGAGGAGCAGGGGGAAUUUGGGGGAUUUAUCCAAGUGGUUUGCUGACUUCUACAGCUCUGUUCUUGCAGUUUAACAGGAAAGCAGAUCUGGGUCCAUGGCCUUAAUCUGAGAUUGCAGCUCAAAGCUACCUCUUCCACUGGCCAAAUCUGACAGCCUUGAGCUGAGCAGUGUAAGUUACAGCUGCGUUCAUCCUCUCUUUCCUCCUCACCUAAUUUUGCUGUAUUCAGCUCAGUAUUCAGAGGUGUGGUUCCCUAGAGCUCAAAGAAGUGAGGAUAGCUGACUGCAAACCCCCAUGGUUUCAUGAUUUCCAGAGAAUCACUGGACAUUUUGGGUUGGAAGGGACCUUAAAGACCAUCCAGUUCCAAACCCCUGCUGUGGGCAGGGACACUUUUCCCUAGACCAGGUUGCUCCAAGCCCCAUCCAACCUGGCCUUGUAAAGGAAAGCUGAUACAGUAGAGAAGAGAAAGGUACAAACUGCUCCAUAUUUACCAGAGAAAUGUUCUUUAGAUGCCUCUUAACAAUGAUUGAACUGCUAACUCAACAAGGUUUUUUAAUUUAAUCUGAUGUGGAUGGCUUUUGCCAUUAGACAGAACAAAAACUCCCAUCCAUUGUGUCCCUGCCUUGGCUGCACUCUUCACCAAAGCAGAGGUGAGUGCCGGGCCUCUGCUCAUCUAUGCAAAUUCCCUGUGUUUGGAACUGUUUGUUUUGACUAAAAAAAGAAUAAAAUCUGUGGAACCCGCAGAUGUGAAGUGCUGCCAGAUGGAUUCUGAGAAAUUCCAUUCUGAAGAGAGGCUAUCAAGUGACCUCUUCAAACGUUAUUUUGAGGCUUUGUUUCUCUUCAGGGUGCCCUUGCCAGAGCCAUCAGUUUAGCAGAGUGUGAAAUCAGGUUUAUGAAGUAAUUUUGCUAUUCAGAAACUCCCCCCAGACAGGACUGUCUCACCACAGGCCCAGCCCAUCAGUGUAGGAAAGCUCUGCUGAGCUUGUCUUUUUCUGUAAGGUGCAUGAGACCUCACUUCAGCGAGCUUUCCAGGAGAAAACCCAAUGGGAAAUCAGCGAGGAGGUUGGCAGGGCACGUGCUGGAACACAACAACAGCAGGAUCUUUGCAUUUCCAGCGUUCGGUGAGGCAGCCCUGGGUGUGCUGCUGCUGCAGGCAGCUCUGCUGCAGGUUUGAGCCCAUCACCUGGGCAGGGACAGCAAACACCCACAGGGCUGGGGGCACCUCCCACAGGCUGCUGUGUCAGCCCAGUGUCCUCCUGGCUGUGCUCUUUGGUGACUCUUUAACCAAAGCUGUGUCUGCUGGAGCUCCGUCUGGUUCUUCACAUCACAGCUCAACCACUCCUCCUGUUCUCAGUCUGGAUUUGCUUAGUACGAAAGUAGAAACAGCUGAUCCAAAAUUUCAUGACGCUGUGUCCUGGCUUUGUGAUCCAGAGUCCUUCCCCAGCUGUGCCACCUGAUAGUCCUGCACAUAUUGUAUUUAUGGCAAAUAUUUUUGAAGUGCACCUUUUUAUUUUUAUUUUAUUCUGAGAUACAAAAUGUUGAUGUGCUUUAUUUUUUGUGGCCUGUUGCUCAAUGGGGAAAAAAAUGAAUGUUAAAAGUGUGUCAUUGUCUAUUUUGUGAUAUUUUCUGUGACAAAGGGAAAGAAGAGGGUGUGGAAUCCUCCUGUAUGGCAAUGGGAAACACUCUUUCAGUGUAACAUGCUAUUAUUGAUACUCUAUUUACUGAUCAAAGUGUACUGAAAUGGUUAAUUCCUGAUAUAGCCUUUGUACUGUAUGGUAUUUUAUUUUGUCAU